ACAGUGUCCAUGUAAGGCCGCUAAGAAUCUGAAACCUCUCGCACAAACGUCUUGCUCCACUUGAAGGCAGGAUUUUCGCUGUGAACAAUGUUCAGAUAUCUCUACAGAUCCUCUAUACGCCCCACCCUUCUCCCUUUCACCAUCCUCCAUAAGAGGGAUAUUCAUAGUAGGAACAAGAAGGCAAUGGAGUUCAUAGCCAAAGGAUGGAGCGCGUUGCAGGAGGUUGACAGGGUUAUCGAUUAUGCAGAUUUCAAUGACCUAAGACUCAUCCCUCACCUCAGGGCAGCAAAGGAAAAUUUUGAACUGGCAUUGGAAGCCGAUAACUCGAACACCCAUGCCAGGUACUGGCUUUCUCGGCUGCAUUUCAAAUACCAUGUGCCAGGAGCUUGUAAAGUAAUUGGGGCUGCACUACUUGUUGAUGCUGCGGACAUGGGGGAUGCAGAUUCACAGUAUGAGCUUGCUUGUCGUUUGCGAGCAGAGGAUGAAGCUGUGCAUGCUGAUCAACAAGCUUUCUAUUAUUUGGAGAAAGCUGUUGACCAGUUGCAUCCAGGGGCUUUAUACCUACUCGGUGCAGUGUAUUUGACUGGGGACUGCGUGAAAAGAGAUCUUGCAUCUGCAUUAUGGUGUUUCCAUAGGGCAUCAGAGAAGGGACAUGCAGGUGCUGCAAUUGCAUAUGGAUCACUUCUUCUAAAAGGUGUUGAAGUCCCAGAAAAGAUCAACAAAUUGGGACGUAGGCGAGGCCUUCCAAAGAGAGUGAUGGAAAAGAGUGAAGAAACCUGCGGUGAGUCAUCAGUCGAACAAGCAAAACGGCAAUUCCAAAUUGCUGCAAAAGCAGGCUGUGAUCUUGGUUUGCAGUGGCUUAAAAGACUUGAAGAGAGAGAGAAGUCAGUCUGAAUUGCUUGUGUUGCCUAAGAUGGAUGUUAGAGAGGUGUAUUAUUCUAUUUUUCUAGUUAUGUUAAUGAUAGUAUUGUAAUUUGGAUGAGUUUUUGUGUUCCAGCCGACCCACCCUCUUAAGGGCCCCUUAAAAUC